AUGACACUUCCCAGCUCUUCACCAAACACUUCAACCACCUCAGAAAAAGCCAAACCAAAACCCAAACCCAAGAAAGACCGUCACUCAAAGGUGAAUGGUCGGGACCGCCGUAUCCGGCUGCCGACGAUCUGUGCAGCUAGGAUCUUUCAGCUCACUUGGGAACUGGGUAACAGAACUGAUGGUGAAACCAUUGAGUGGCUUCUGCGCAUGGCUGAGCCUUCUAUCAUUGCAGCCACUGGCAAUGGCAUUGCUCCUGCCAACCCUUCUCCUCCUCCUGCUUCUUCUUCCAACUCAAGCUUUAUUAAUCCUUUAUCCUCCGGCCGGCUUCCAAUGGGUUGUUUGGGUUUUUCAGGUGGUGGUGUUAUAUUCCCAUGUGAGGCAAGAGUGGCUGUACCUGAAACACAAGGGAUUGUGGUGGAUAACAAUGAUCAGAGCAAGCAGGAACAAGCUUUUCCAGCCAUCAUUUGA